UCUCGUGCUCGAUUUUCGCUGUACGCACAAUGGCCAAGCAUCAUCCAGAUCUGAUAUUUUGCCGGAAACAACCGGGCGUCGCUAUUGGACGGUUGUGUGAAAAAUGCGACGGAAAGUGUGUCAUCUGCGAUUCGUAUGUCCGGCCAUGCACUUUGGUAAGAAUUUGUGAUGAGUGCAACUACGGUUCGUACCAGGGUCGAUGCGUCAUUUGCGGCGGUCCAGGCGUAUCUGAUGCAUACUACUGUAAAGAGUGUACGAUUCAGGAAAAAGACCGCGACGGAUGCCCAAAGAUUGUGAAUCUUGGCAGCUCAAAGACUGAUCUAUUCUAUGAACGAAAAAAAUACGGUUUCAAACGAUAGGGGUAGAAUAGCAUACUUUCAAGCUUAAGCUAAGAUUCACCAAUAAUAAAUAAU